UUAUUUUAAAGAAAUGGCAAAAGAUACAGAAGUGACAGUGCAUAGGACUGGUCUUUUCAAAUUACCUCCAAAGAAGCAUUCUUCAGGUCGGCAUCGCAGUAAGCAUGCAAUUGCCAAAGAACAAAAAGGGAAGGUUGGUAUCAAAUCAAAAUCCCAACCAAAGUUUAAGAAUUUGAAGAAGUUGGCUCGAAAAAAUCGUUCUUCGCAGAUCCGAGCUAAUAAAGUUGGAAAAAUAUCAGAAGAGAAGCGAAAAGAAGGGCAGUCACCUAUCAACAUUGUAUACAAUAAUUUCACUUGACGAGGCUUUCACAUCACGUAAAAUUGUGGAGACUUUUA